AUUCUCCUUCACUUCAUCAUCAGUGUGAACAAGUGAGUCAGUGAGAAACAGAGAGGAGGAGGAAGAUGAACAAGUUUCAGCUGAAGCUGAAGCUGGAUGGGUGUACAGUGUUGGUGGUAGUGGCAUUGGCAGCUGUCUUUGUCAAUCUGAAUGUUUAUGUGGGUGCUUUGAGUUUGAACGAACCAGUGAGUAUUAUUGAGAAAGAUGCAGUCUUGUUUGAAGACGAACAUGUCUUAGCCUCAGCCUCACCGACACAGCCUCAGCCCCUCUUGGUUGCUCUCACUCUUAUUGACAACGCUGCUUCUAAAGGAGCGGUUUGUUUGGAUGGAACGCCGCCGGGUUACCAUCUGGAUCGUGGGUCUGGAUCGGGUGCAAACAGCUGGCUCAUUCAGUUGGAGGGUGGGGGGUGGUGUAAUACUAUCAGAAACUGUGUUUACCGCAAGACCACUCGCCGCGGUUCAUCCAAGUUCAUGGAAAAGCAAUUGCCCUUCACAGGAAUUUUGAGCAAUAAACCUGAAGAAAACCCCGAUUUCUUCAACUGGAACAGGGUCAAGCUACGAUACUGUGAUGGGGCAUCUUUUACUGGAGACAGCCAGAAUGAGGCUGCUCAACUUAAUUUUCGAGGGCAAAAGAUUUGGUCAGUUGCUAUGGAAGAGUUAAUGUCCAAGGGAAUGCAGAAUGCUAACCAGGCUCUUCUUUCUGGAUGUUCCGCUGGGGGUCUGGCAUCGAUACUACAUUGUGAUGAGUUCCGGGACUUGUUUCCAACCACUACCACAGUGAAAUGUCUGAGUGAUGCCGGGAUGUUCCUUGAUGCAAUUGAUGUAUCUGGUGGGCACACUCUAAGGAAUUUGUAUGCAGGAGUAGUUAGCUUGCAGGAAGUGCAAAAGAAUCUUCCGAAGACCUGUAUCAACCACCUAGAUCCAACUUCUUGCUUCUUUCCUCAGAAUUUGGUUGCAAAUGUUAAGACGCCAAUGUUUCUUCUGAAUGCAGCCUAUGAUGCUUGGCAGCUCCAAGCUAGUUUAGCCCCUCCAUCUGCUGAUCCUCAUGGUUUAUGGAAUGAAUGCAAAUCAAACCAUGCAGAAUGUAAUUCAUCCCAGAUCCAGUUUCUCCAAGAUUUCAGGAAUCAAAUGCUCAAUGCCGUGAAAGAUUUUUCAAUGUCCAGUGAAAAUGGUUUAUUCAUAAACUCUUGCUUUGCUCACUGCCAGUCUGAGAGACAAGACACAUGGUUUGCUGAUGAUUCUCCUCUUCUUGACAACCAGGCAAUUGCGCUGUCUGUUGGAGACUGGUACUUCAAUCGAAGGAUGGUUAAAGCUAUUGACUGUGCAUUCCCCUGUGAUAGCACCUGUCACAAUCUUAACUUCAAAGAGGAUAUAUCUUCUACGACAUUGACAUAUUCUCAGUCCGCAAAGUUGUCUAUUACCAUGCUAAAUCUGCCAAGUGCCUUGUUGAUGCCUAUAACAUGUUCCAGCUUCAUAAUGUGGUUUCGAUUUGUCCACUGAAAACAGAUUGUG